GAGACCCUCGAUCCCCGCUUAACAAAUAGACUUUCUGGAUUUCUGAAGCCUCUGCGCAGCAUUCCUAUCAGUAAUAAACUGGUCUGGAAUCUGCGCUACAGCAAACAUAACAAGUACAGAUGUGACAGCAGGAGUGCUGUUCCUCCAUGUGUGAGUGGCAUUACAGGCAGGGACAGUCUUCACAGUACAACACUGAGCUCAUACAGCACGAGCAUGGCCGGUACAUGUGCUCCAGAUGUGGAGGACCUCCACCUGAGGAUGGUGCUGCUUGGGAAAACUGGAGUUGGGAAGAGUGCAUCAGGAAACACCAUCUUAGGAAGAAAUGCUUUUGAAUCCUUUUGUUCUUUUACUCCGGUAACAUUAGAGUGUCAGAAAGUAACAGGUCGGGUGAAAGGUCAGAUCCUGGCUGUAGUUGAUACUCCAGGUCUGUUUGAUGCCACACUGACUGAAAAAGCAGUAAAGAAAGAAAUUGUUAGAUGCGUCUCCUUUGCUGCUCCUGGUCCUUAUGUGUUCCUGGUUGUGAUCCAGAUUGGCAGAUUUACAAGAGAAGAACAAGGUACCAUGACAAUCCUUCAGAAGAUGUUUGGAGAAAAGGCAGCACAUUACACUAUGGUCCUGUUCACCCAUGGAGACGAUCUGGAUGCAGGUGGAGCCAAGAUGGAAACACUAAUUACUGAAAAUGAAGCUCUGCAUGAGUUCAUCCAAAAGUGUGGAGGAAGAUAUCAUGUUGUUAACAACAAAAGCGAGGAUCCCUCUCAGGUCAGAGAGCUGCUGCUUAAAAUCAAUGACAUGCAACAGGAGGCUGAGAGAGCCAUCAGAGAAGAGAUGGAAGUAGAAAGGAGACGGGCAAAGAGAAAGAAGAAGUUCCUGAAGGGUGCUGGGAUAGGAGCAGGUGUUGGAAGUAUUUGCUUUGGUCCGCUGGGAGCAGCUGUGGGAGCAGCUGUGGGAGCCACAGUUGUAGCAGUGAAAGAGAAAAAAAAAGUGUUAUAA